GGCUAAUGUCAGCGCGGAAGCUCGCCUCCUUUACUCUUCUCCGCCCCCUCCCCGGACUAAUAGCGGAAGUGGCUCUGGAGGGUUGGCAACUGAGGCGGUUGCUAAGGGAGGAGGAGGAGAAGACCGAUCUCCGUCAUGUCUGCUGCAGCUGAUGAAACUUCAGACGAUCUGCCAGUGAGAGAUAUAGGGCUCACAGGGCUACAAGAGCCAUCAGCCAUCCAGAAUGCAAAGGCCCGGCAAGGGGUUUCGCGGAUCAGCCGAGAGGAGUUGGAAGACCGAUACCUUCGCUUGCACGAGGAGAACAUCUUGCUCAAGCAACAUGCACAUAAGCAAGAGGAUAAAAUUAAAAGAAUGGCCACCAAGUUAAUUCGGCUUGUUAACGACAAGAAGAAAGCUGAGCAGGCCAGUGGCAGCCCCAGGCGUCUGGGCCAGGACGUGGAGAUGGAGGAAGUGAUUGAGCAGCUGCAGGAGAAAGUUCGGGAGCUGGAGAAACAAAACGAGGCCACCCGCCACAGGCUCAUCUCAACCAAGCAGCAGCUGCAGCUUCAAGGCAACAGGCACGUGCCCUACAGCUACGUCCAGGCGCGCAUUAACACGGGUCUCAAAAAAGUGACAGAGGGUGUUGGAGUCCAAGAGUGCGCAAGGAAAGGAAUGAGAUUGCAGGAUGUUGAAAUCCGACCUUUGAAAUCCCCGCAAGCGUUGCCCCCAAAAUAUGGACAGAACUUACUUGAAGAAGCGAGAGCAGAUAUAAGAAACUUGCAGAAUGUGGUUGAAUCUCAACGGGCGCACAAUGAGGAAUUGGUGCAUACGGUCAAAAUGCUCAGAAGUGAAAUACAGAAAAAGGAAGAGGAGUUUGAAAUAGCUAUUCUGCAACUGAAAGAGCAGCAAGCCACAGGCCAACGAUUAAGCAUUCGAGACAAUGUUGAAAUGAUCAAGCUCCACAAACAGUUGGUGGAGAAAAGCAAUGAGUUUGCAGCAAUGGAAGAAAAAUUUCUUCAACUUCAGGAGAACCAAAAAAAUCUUAAAGCAAGCCAUGAUGCGCUCAUGGCAAAGGGAGACGAACUCAAUUUGAAGUUUAAAGAAGAACGUUUCAAGUGCCUCCACCUCGAGAGAGAAUUACAGGCAGCAAAUUUUUCAAAACGCCAGUUAGAAGAGCUGCAAGACAGAAUUAAUGAUUUGGAAAAAGAGAGGGACCUUUUAAAAGAAAACUAUGAUAAAUUAUAUAACAGUGCCUUUGGCGUGACCCAUGACCAGCAAUGGAAGUUAAAGGAGCAGCAGCUGAAGCUGCAGAUUGCUCAGCUUGAGGCUGCUUUAAAGUCUGAUUUAGCAGAUAAGAACGACAUCCUGGACAGAAUGAAAGCAGAACGAGACCAAAAUGAAAAGCUGGCACAGGAGAACCAUCAGCUGCGGUUGCACUAUCUGGAGCAGAAGCAACAGCUGGAUGAAUUGAAGAAUCGCAUGACGUUUUUCAGCAAGGAGAGCGACGUUGAUGUGGCCGAACUCAGCGAGGCCCUCAUGCUUAUCAAGGUUCGUAGGCAGCAAACAAGCGGAGACCUCAGAUUCUUGGAGAAAGUGGAAGAUGACAUCCAUAAGGACUUGGAACGUUCAAUGCGUGAGCUCCAAGCAACCCAUGCAGAAACUGUUCAAGAACUUGAAAAGACACGCAAUAUGUUAAUUGUACAGCAUAAAAUUAACAAAGACUAUCAGGCAGAAGUAGAAUCUGUGACGCAGAAGAUGGAGGCUUUGCGGCAAGAUUAUGAGUUAAAACUAGAACAAUACGUCCAUCUUCUUGACGUUAGGGCUGCACGUAUCCGAAAACUGGAAGCCCAGCUGAAGGAUAUUGCUUAUGGUACCAAACAGUACAAAUUCAAAACAGAAAUCAUGCCGGACGAUCCAGUUGAUGAGUUUGAUGAAACUGCUCACUUAGAACGAGGAGAAAACUUGUUUGAAAUUCACAUCAGCAAAGUAAUAUUUUCUGCAGAAGCUGCAAAGUCUUUCGGCGAUCAGGAGCCAGCAACGUUCUGCACCUAUGCAUUCUAUGAUUUUGAACUACAGACAACCCCAGUCGUUCAGGGCCUUAGCCCAGCCUACAGUUUUACUUCUCAGUAUCUCGUACGUGUGGAUGAUUUCUUUUUGCAGUAUGUGCAGAAAAACUCCGCCACUCUUGAGAUCCAUCAUGCCUAUGGCUUGGACUUCAAGACAGCAGCAGCCUGCCAGCUGAGAUUCCAUGAAAUAUUGGAGAAGAAUGGCAGGAUCUACGGUUCUGCCAUGUUAAUUGGAGUUGGACAAGGCAUCCGAAACUAUGGUACUGUGGAAUACUGGGUCAAGUUAAGAGUUCCUAUGGACCAGGCAAUCAGGCUGUAUAAGGAGCGGGCAAAAGCCCUUGGAUACAUAGCCACGAAUCUAAAGGACCAGGCAGGGCUCAGUCCUGUCCAAGUCAAUGCUUCAGCUGAUGGAAACUUAAAUGAACUCCACAUUACCAUAAAAUGUUGUAACAAUCUACGGUGCCGAAAGACUAACGUCCAGCCAAAUCCUUAUGUUGUCUACAAGUUGUUUGACUUUGCGGACCACGAUACCCCCAUCAUUCCCAGCAGCAACCACCCACAGUUUGCUGAUCACAUGUGCUUCCCAGUGCCAAUGAAUGCGGACCUCGACCGCUACCUAAAAUCUGAAUCCUUGAGUUUGUAUGUUUUUGAUGACAGCGAAACAGAAGACGGGAUUUAUAUAGGAAAAGCAAAUGUGCCUUUAAUCUCAUUAGCUCAUGACAGAUACAUCUCAGGUACCUUUGAGCUAACAGAUUAUGAAGGCCACUCCACUGGUACAGUUAGUAUUGAACUAAAGUGGAAGUUUGCCUACCUCCAACCAGCUGGUGUGAUUGCUGCAGCGGACCUAGCAGAUUACAUCCAGAAUGAGAGACCAGUGAAAGGGCAAGGAGAAGGUCCAGUCCUGGUUCCUUUCUCAUCGGCAGCAAUGAGGCCGCAGCCUAAGCCAAGACAUCGCCCGGCUGCAGCAGAGAAGAAAGUGUCAUUUGUAGAUGUGGCCACACUGCCAAAUCCAAGUCCCAUUCCUGAAAAAGAAGAUCAAGAGACUGAGCAGAAAACUGCAGGUGAAAGGCCUGUUGUUUCAAACAUUCCGCAGGUCAUACCAGAAACGCAAGCAGACAGCCCAGCAGGAAAACUUGUAGGCAAGUUUCAACAGGAACAUGAGGAUCUCUCUCAGCUCUCUGAAGGUCAGUUUGCCGACCAGAGCUCAGCUACUUCAGGGGAUGAAACUGAAAUUACUGAGGAAUUGGAACCAGAAGACCAAGAUGAUAGACGGAUGACUGAUGCUGCUGAAUCCGUGACAGACAGUGAUGACUGUAUUGUCCCAAGUUCAGUGUCCACAAGUCUUAAGCAGUCUGCUGAAAAAAUCCGGAUUGAAAUCGUAUCCCUCAGUCUCACAGAAUCCCAGAUUUCCAUGGAUAACACAAUACAACGGCUGUUUGUAGAGUGCAAGUUCUCCAGUUUCCCAGCAGAAGAAACCCCAGUAUCGCUUCCUAAACCCAAAAGUGGGCAGUGGGUCUACUACAAUUAUAGCCAUGUGAUCCAUGUGGACCAGGCAAACAACGAAGCGAAACGAGAUUUCCUCAAGGCUGUGCUUCGAGGGUCAGAGCCAAGUCCUGGAAGCAUACGGUUUACAGUAGUAAGCGACCCUCCACAAGAUGAACAAGAUCUUGAGUGUGAAGAUAUUGGCUUUGCAUAUGUCAGUCUAACUGAGAUAUUUCAGAAAGGGCGGGACAUCGUUGACCAAGAUAUAAACAUUUUAGAUUCGCCAGAGGAUGGAACAGUAAUUGGAAAGCUCAGAGUCACGGUAGAAGCCCUCCGUGCUCUGCGUUCAGUCUAUGAGGAGGUCUGAAAAUGAGUGGCUGUGUCUACAGAUGUGCUUUCUCCCAGCAUAACCAACACAGGCGGGAUCUAGGAAGACAGAGAGAGACGCUACUGUAUAUUUAAUGCAUAAUUUAUAUGUAAAGGACGCACAAUUUGCAGUUGUAAAGUUUGUAUAUUUUUCCCGUCUGUUUGGAUUUUUCUUUUUAUACAUUCUUCUCCUCCCUUAAGGCUACAGGCCCUUCCCCACAAUGGACACCAGCUUGUAAAUAAUUAAUACCUACAUGAUUGAAUGAUGUGCUUUAUUUGCAUUUUCAACAUUAUUUUUGCCUUAACAUAAAACAGUAAUAAAAAUGCAAGUCAAAUUUUUAAUUUUUAAUAAUAAUAAUAAAAAAACCUUAAGCCCUGGAAAACUGAUUAAAAAUACUUUUAUGUUAUCCCUAAUCACACCACUAAAUGGAAUGCCUGCGAUUAGCCUCAUUAAGAAUUUUAUACUGUGAAGGUUUUAUUAGAAGCAAUAUAUGAAAAUUACUUGGAUUAAUGUGUUAAUCUGCCUCUUUAAAAUGCUAAUAUCCAUUUUAUGCACAUUAAAUCUCAGUAUGCGUUUUCUCUGAUGCAUGCCGUUUCUAUCAAUUAAAUAUAAAGAACGAGACUGGUCCCAAGACUUAUUAAAUUACUGCAAGCUUUUAUAAAAAGAAACAUACAACUUUUGACCUACUGCUAUUAUAAUCAGUUGUUUGUGAUUAUCAAGUUUUGAAGGGAUGGUAUUGCAUGACACACCCCAGUUAGGUUCUGUUUUGUUUUUCAUCUGCAGGAAAAAAAACAGAUUUACAUAUUUCAACUAAUAGCUAUCAAAGUGCAAGAUGAAACUACAAAAGAAUCAAUCAGAUUAUCUUACACUUCAAGCGGGGCCUUUGAUUCUCCGUACUCUACCCCAUAUUUAAAACCUAUAUAAAACCUGAAUAACUAAUGGUUGUAUCCUGAUAAACAAUGAUUGAAAACAGCCUGGAAACUCAAUUUUCCAGCUUUCAAACCAAUGCUGAUGAAGGAUUUAAUUGAUUUUUUUAAUUGAGCUGUUGAUCAGCACUGCAAAAAAGA